GUUCUCUCAUUUCUUGUCCAAUGGGAUACUUUAACGCAGACCCGAUGAGUGGGUAAUGUCGGUUGGGGAAGAACUCCCAUAACCCGAAGCCCCAUUCCCGGCUCCGAUCGAUCGAUCUCCCAAAAUCCGAUAACCCUUUGCGUUUUAUGGGUUUUGGGGGAUCGUCGUGAUGGGGUGCGUCAGCUCCAAGCAGGCACGCUCCGACAUCCUCCCCCGUCGCGAUUCUUUCUCCGGCCGGAAUGGCGGCGGCGGAAAUAGAUCACGGUCGUCUUCCUCGUCUCAGUUGUCGGGUUUGGAUAAGGGCAAAUCCGGCGGGCUCGUAGUCUCCAAGGAGGAGCCUGAGAAGGACAAACAGGCGGAACCCACCGGAUUUUCUUCCUCCUCCGCCGCCCGCCGACAGUCCGGGAAUUUGACGGUGUUGAAGAAGGAGAACUCCAAAAAUAACGACGCUUCGUUUAGCUUUAACUACGUUGGGAGGUUACCGGCAGGCGAGUCUGUCACUGCCGGCUGGCCCGCCUGGCUCUCUUCCGUCGCCGGAGACGCCAUUGACGGUUGGCUUCCCCUUAGAGCUGACAUGUUUCAGAGAUUAGAUAAGAUUGGACAAGGUACAUAUAGCACAGUAUACCGAGCACGAGACAAUGAAAGUGGCAAAAUGGUGGCCCUGAAAAAGGUUCGAUUCGACAACUUCCAUCCGGAGAGUGUGAGAUUCAUGGCACGAGAAAUCACAAUUCUCCGCAGGCUUGAUCAUCCGAAUAUCAUGAAGCUGCUGGGCAUAAUUACUUCCCGAUUAUCAUGCAGCAUUUACCUCGUUUUUGAAUACAUGGAACAUGAUCUUGCCGGACUGCUGUCUUGUCCUGAAAUCUCCUUCACUGAAUCCCAGAUAAAAUGCUACAUGAAGCAGCUGCUGUCGGGGCUGGAGCACUGCCAUACGACAGGGGUGAUACAUCGCGACAUUAAAGUCUCCAACAUUCUCGUAAGCAACGAGGGAGUUCUCAAGAUCGCAGAUUUCGGACUCGCCAACUUCGUGAGCGCGAGGAACAAGCAACCUUUGACCAGCCGCGUGGUCACCCUCUGGUACCGACCACCUGAGCUGCUUCUGGGCUCCACCAAUUACGGCGAGACGGUUGAUCUGUGGAGCGCCGGCUGCGUUUUCGCCGAACUCUUCUCCGGCAGACCUUUCCUUAAAGGAAGAACCGAGGUGGAGCAACUGCACAAAAUCUUUAAGCUUUGCGGUUCCCCGCCGGAGGAUUACUGGAAAAAAUCCAAACUUCCGCUAGCAACUGUAUUCAAACCGCAACAUCCUUAUGAGAGUAUGCUCCGGGAAAGAUGCAGAGAAUUACCCAAAGCCGCCGUGGAUCUUUUGGAGACGCUUCUUUCUGUGGAACCUUAUAAACGAGGAACAGCUUCAUCUGCUCUCCAUUCCCAGUAUUUCAAUUCGCCGCCUUAUGCUUGUGAUCCAUCGAGCUUGGAGAAGUACCCGCCGAACAAGGAGAUGGAUGCGAAACUCCGGGAUGAAGAAAGAAGGAAGAAGGCAAUUACGGCGGCGAGAGGAUCGGCGGCGGCGGUGGCAGCGCCGGCGGCUUCUUCCAAGAAUCCGAGAAAAGGUCGGAAAGUUCUGCAAGAAUCCAGCAGCUUCAGCAAAGUUGUUCCCCACGAGGAGGUGGAGGUGAGUGUUCACUUUUCGCGACGAAACAACAACGGCGGCGGCGGUAGUGGUCCUAAAGUAGCCACCGCGUCAAGGGUGUCGUCAACAAAGCCAUCGUACGAUGAUACGAGGUCCGAUGUUUCUGCGGCGCCGACGGAGUUAUCUCUGGCCGACACCGUUUGCUCCGCCCCUCCAGAAACGGCGGCGGCGAGGACGACGAAAACCCAAAAGCCUGCAGAUUCUUCUUCUUUUUCCUCAAGAACAACGCAUACUAACAAAAACCAAAAACCGAAUAACAUCAUCGGAACAGCAGAUCCUUAUUAUUCCGCGCCGCAAUCCAAGCGAGUAUCGUUUGAUUCGUCAGACAGAAGCCCAGACAACGUCGCCGAGAAACGCGCCAGCCGCAAACAACGAUUGAAAGCCGGACGAAUGCAGUCCUUCGACUCAUCCGAGAUUUUUCAGUCCCGAAAAUCAUCACUGCAGGAGGAUAAUGAAGAUCAGCAUGGAAGGACUGGGCUAAUAGGACCAUUAUUCCAUCAAACAAACAGAUUAUGUGAUAAUGCAAGACAGGACAGCAAAACCCGACAAGCUGCUCGGAGAUCCCGAUUCUCCCGAGAGAAUUUCUAACUUGGAAUGAACUAAGAAGGAAGGAGGACUGCAUGCAUGGAAAUCAGAGCGUACGAACUACGAACCCUCCAUUUCUUUGGGGAGAAAUUAAAGCUCAUCAGAUCAAGCAAAUAUAACAGACAGCAUAUAUACAACGUUAAGUUGAUGUUAAUGCUGUUUAAGGGUUUUUGUCACCUUAAUUUGAAACAAAGAAACAGACAAGAGAUCAGAUUAAAGUUCCAGUCAAGCUGCAUGCAUGAUUCGAGCUAUGAUCCAUAGAAUGCAGAUGAGAUGAAGUGUCUUUCUUUUAUGUUAAAAGAAUGAAGUGAAAAUUUGGCAGGGCGAUGUGAUGUAUAUAUACAUGCAUCAAUACAUACAAUGUAUCAUAUCAUUAUUGUGCUGUAUGUAUAUAGUUCAGAUCAGAGCAGUAUGAUAUCAAUCUCAUCACCUUUUUCCUUUCACUUC